GGAAAGGGAUGGAGGCAGCGCCCCCCGGCGGGGGGGGGCCUGGAGGCUGGCUAGGCCCAGGCCGGGCUCUCAUGCGCGCCAGGUCCCGGGUGACCCGCCUGCCCGCGCUUGCUGCGGGCUGCACCCGCCCACUCACCCCCUAUACGUCCCGGCGGCGGGGAUGGGCCUAUCUCCGCGCUGACAGGGCCCGAGCGCCUGCGGCCUCAGCGAGCCGCGGGCCCGGCCUAGGCGGGGGGCUGGUCAAGGUCCGUUCAAAGUGACUUUCCGCCCAGGCCAGGCUCCGUUCCCGGCCAGCGGGACUCCGCCGCCCCGGCCAUGUGAACGCCAGGCUGCUCGGGCCGGCGCAGCACCUUCCUGGAAAUCUGCGUGCGCGCGAACUGGGAAACUGGAAACAUCCCCACGCUGGGGUGGAGUGGGGGCUAUUCACGGACAUUAUCCCCCCCCCCUUCACAUGCUUCCUCUAUAGCGGCCUGUCUGUGCUGUCCGUUGGCCUUUGUAAAGCAGAUUGGGAGAGGAAAACAAGCUUUUCUGCUUUUUCAAUUGCCACUCAGUUUCCUGACUUUGAAUGAAGUAGUCACUGGACUGAAGUAGUAGAAUAAACUGAAAUGAAAAAAAAUACUCCCGCUCUGCACUGCAGAAGAGGCUACUACUGUCAGAAGGGUGAAAUGCCGGCCAAGAUCUUGGUGUGCAGUAUCGGUCAUGAUGAAGAGCCGGCUACCUCUUGUUCUCCUUGCGUGCGGCUCCUUUAACCCCAUCACAAACAUGCACAUGCAUUUAUUUGAGCUGGCUAGAGAUCACCUUCAUCAAACAGGUAGGUACCGGGUGAUUGAAGGUAUCAUUUCUCCAGUCAGUGAUAACUAUGGAAAGAGAGGCUUGGUUUCAGCAAGGCACCGGAUAACAAUGGCUCAACUUGCACUGGAGACAUCGGACUGGAUUAGAGUGGAUCCAUGGGAGAGUGAACAGGAGAAAUGGACUGAGACUGUAAAGGUGCUGAGGCACCAUUAUAAUGAGUCGCUCAGAUCGCUCCAGUUCAGGAAGGAACUCAUGAGAAACAAUUGGCCUAUAGAAAGAGCUACUGAGGAUUUCCUUUCUUCAUUGGACCCAGUUUCCCCAGAGUUAAAGCUGCUUUGCGGAGCUGACAUUCUGAAGACGUUUAGUACACCUAAUCUCUGGAAGGAGGAGCAUAUUAAAGAAAUAGUAGAAAAGUUUGGUUUGGUGUGUAUUAGCCGUGCUGGCUCUGACCCCGUUCAGUACAUCAGUGAAUCAGAACUUCUAACUCAAUUCCAGCACAAUAUCCACCUGGUCACAGAAUGGAUUCAGAAUGAAAUCAGUGCCACGCAUAUCCGACAUGCUUUAUGCAAAGGAUUAAGUGUGAAGUACCUCAUUCCAGAUUCUGUCAUUUCCUAUAUUAAGCACUAUAAUAUCUACACAGAAGAGAGUGAGAGGGAAAAAUAAAGGGGAUUUAACACCAGCCUCUUAAACUACACAACACAACGAUAAACACACUAAAUGAUUGACGUAUUUAUUCCACCAAAUGGGGAGAACACAAUGGCAUUUAUUUUUGGAAAAUCCCUGCAAAGGCACAAUCUUUGUGUAUGGAGGAAAGUGAAGUAGGUUGGGGGGAGCUGCAACUAGCUAUGCUUCUGAACAUUUGUAGAGUAAUUCAGAAAAGUUUUUAUACUAUAUUACUACUGAGUUCAUGCUUUCCUAAGCUGUUAUGUGCAAAGGGCUAUCAGUUUUAAGAUCUCCACUAAGAGGUAAUUUACAUUACAUUUCUUCUGUUUUUAACACAAAUAUUAAAAUCUUUAGUAAUUGUUGAGGGAUUCUUGUGAUGACUUAAAUGACCUCAAGGGCUGUAGUUAGUGCUUUCCUGUAUUACAAUCUUCUAAUACCAGGAACUGUUUCAGUUUGAUUGUGUCUUGGCCAUUUACAGAUAGUGAGAGUAAAAUUAUUGUCAUAUUUCCUUCUCAGGAAUAUUUUCAAUAAACUGCUAAAAUGUACAUAGUUAUUGCCACAUUUCUACUUUAUAGGAUCCUGAAAGAAAAAUGAUUUCACUGUAUUACUUAAUACCAUUCAGUUUUGUGUGUAUAUAUGUUGGCAGAUCAGAAAUAAAGCCCUGAUUCAGGAAAGCACUUAGGCAUGUGCUUAAAUUGCAUUACUUUCAAUCCAGCUCAUAAUGGGACCUGUAAAGGAGGUUCUUUGCUUUCCUCUUGAGUCCUAUAUGCUAGUCCAGUCCCCUGGCAUAGUUUAGAGCAACUAGCUGUCAAAACUCUGGAAGCUGUUGAUAUGGCAGCCCAGCUAUAAGGGAGCCCCAGCCAUGCCCCCUAUGUCAACAUCAAGAAGAGCGAGCAGCACUGGAGAUUCUACACUCUCUUUCCUUGCAUUCAGGAGAAUUAUCUGAACAACUCACUUGAUUCUACUGUUCUUGUUCCUUUCCUUCUUGCAUGAAUAGCCCCUAGAGAUGUCUCAGCAGUUCUGAAGCCUAGUAAUGCCAGCCAAAGUUUUGAAAGUUGUUAAUAAUUUAUGGGAAGUGGUGAAAUUUAUCUGUUGCUUUCCCCUUAAGUAAUCUUUGAGUUUUCCCAACUCAGCAGUCUGUGGAUGUCCUGUAUAAAAUCAUACAAAUUCAAUACAAUUGCUUACACCAUAUGCUCUUUUGGUGUCAUGGGAUUCAUUUCAACAAUGAGAUUGUGUUUUGCUUUGGCUUUCAUAGCACACACAUGCUGCAUUCUACUUUGUGUAUAAUGCUUAGAAGUUGCAAUAAAAGAGGAUAUUUUCCAAAAA